UUUUCUCUGACGAGAUUAACUUCCCCACUGAGCUCAGAACUCAGCAAUGGUGGCUGCUGUGACAUCUUCUUGCCCGAUCAAGUCGCCACCUUUCACCUCCACAACCCAUCUCUGCAACCUUCUCUGCAAACCCAUUUCACCCUCUGCUCUCUUCCUCAAGACUGCGUUUUGUAGACCCACCAGGACCAGCCCUGCUUCAAGCCCUAGCAGCAAUGGGGCACUCUCCAUCAGAGCCUACAUGGAGAGCUCCGGCUCCAUCUCGAGCUUCGCUAGCAAGGUCAUCGGGUCUCUCCCCGUGAUCGGGCUCCUGGCCAGGAUCGUCAGCGACGAGGGCGGAGUUGGCGGGGAUGUCAUCGAUUUCGCCGAGUUUAGGAGGAGGGUUGGCAAGAAGUCCACAGUCAAUGAUUCCAGGGCUUUCUAUGAGUUCCAAGAUCGACGGGGUCGGGCAGGGGAUCCUUUGUAUGUUCUGCUUUGCUGUUGGCUAGCUGCUGUUGGGGCGGGUCUUCUCAAAUCUGAGGAAAUCUUGGAAGGUGUUGCAAGGCUUCGGAUCUCGAAUGAUAUAGAGUUUGAAGAGCAGAACUUCAUUGCCCUGAUGAAUGAGGCCAGAGAGAGAAGGGCAAAGCUCAAUGUCAAAGCCCCGAGCAUCCCCAUGGAGGUUCGGGUAGAGAAGGCCCUUGAGGCCAUUUACGUGUGCUGUUUCGGGGAAGACUUGAUAGAGGACGAAGAUGAAAAGCUAUUGCAGAUAAUGCUGAGUGCUGUUUUCCCAUCGGUGAAGCAAUCACAGAUAGAAACUAUGAUCAAGGACAAGGUAAGGCGGGUCGCUGAGGGAGAUGAAGAAAAUUUGCCAAAGCCGAAGCCCUUAUCGAAAGAAGCGGUGCAACUCCAGAUGAAGGACCUUCAAUUUCUCAGACAGAACAGGGAGACAUAAGUCAAGAGUUAUUGUUAGACUCACUUCUUUUGUUGAUGGUGAACCGUGUGAUAAUUCCUUGUCACAGACUGAGGAAUCAUGAGAAAUACCAAACUUUCCGAUUUUUGGAACGCGGGGAGUUGGAGAGAAAACAUGCUAGAGAGAAUCAGUUGGUGUUUUCUCAACACUUCAUGGAAUUCUUAAACAAGUGGAUUUGAAGGAGUUCCUGUAGAUACUCAUGUUAUACAAUCUUCAGUACCAAGUCCAUAUCAAGCUAGUCGAUUUGAUAUCUUAA